AUGACCGCGCACGAGCCAGGAGGGACACUCGGUCAGUGCGGAGCAGCGGGGCCGGCCCAGCCGGGCGCCGAGGCCGGGAGGGAGGCGCGGCCGGGGGCGGGAGGGAGGCGGCGCGGCGGAUGUGACUCGCACUGCAGACGAGCCGCAUGCUGCAAACUUUUAUCUCCCGAUCGCCGGGGCGGCGGAACAGGGGACCGGCAAAGCCGCCGCAUCACCCUCCUCCCGCGCGAUGGGGCCGCAGCCCGUGGCGGGUGGCCACGCAGGCAGGCAGUCGCGGGUGAGGUGGGGUUGCGGGGGCGCCGCCCUGGGCUUCCAGCGCCCCCGCGCUGCGCCCGGGGGGCCGCGUCCUGGGGGACUCUGCGGGCGCAGCCGCGUCUCUGCUCUUCAAGCUCCGCGCCCUUGCCUCCUGUCAGCGGCCUCACGCCGUGGGUAAGGGGGCCAGGCAGUGGAGCUACUGCUGUGGUCCAGGCUGCCCUUUGCAAGCCCAGGCAAGAACGUGUAGCCAUAAAGCGGAUCAACUUGGAAAAAUGCCAGACCAGUAUGGAUGAACUAUUAAAAGAAAUUCAAGCCAUGAGUCAGUGCAGCCAUCCCAACGUAGUGACCUAUUACACCUCUUUUGUGGUAAAAGAUGAACUUUGGCUGGUCAUGAAAUUACUAAGUGGAGGUUCCAUGUUGGAUAUCAUAAAGUACAUUGUUAACCGAGGGGAACACAAGAAUGGAGUUCUGGAAGAGGCAAUAAUAGCAACAAUUCUUAAAGAGGUUUUGGAAGGCUUAGACUAUCUACACAGAAAUGGUCAGAUUCACAGGGAUUUGAAAGCUGGUAAUAUUCUUCUGGGUGAGGAUGGUUCCGUACAAAUAGCAGAUUUUGGGGUAAGUGCAUUCUUAGCAACAGGGGGUGAUGUUACCCGGAAUAAAGUAAGAAAAACAUUUGUUGGCACUCCGUGUUGGAUGGCCCCUGAAGUCAUGGAACAGGUGAGAGGCUAUGACUUCAAGGCUGACAUGUGGAGUUUUGGAAUAACUGCCAUUGAAUUGGCUACAGGAGCAGCGCCUUAUCACAAGUACCCUCCUAUGAAAGUGUUAAUGUUGACUUUGCAGAAUGAUCCACCCACUUUAGAAACAGGAGUAGAGGAUAAGGAAAUGAUGAAAAAGUACGGCAAGUCCUUUAGGAAAUUACUUUCCCUGUGUCUUCAGAAAGAUCCUUCUAAAAGGCCCACAGCAGCAGAACUUUUAAAAUGCAAAUUCUUCCAGAAAGCCAAGAACAGAGAGUACCUGAUUGAAAAGCUGCUUACAAGAACACCAGACAUAGCCCAAAGAGCCAAAAAGGUGAGAAGAGUUCCUGGGUCAAGCGGUCACCUUCAUAAAACCGAGGACGGUGACUGGGAGUGGAGUGACGACGAGAUGGACGAGAAAAGUGAAGAAGGGAAGGCCGCUUUUUCUCAAGAAAAGUCCCGAAGAGUAAAAGAAGAAAAUCCAGAGAUGGCGGUGAAUGCCAGCAGUAUACCCGAGCAAAUACGGUCCCUUUCUGUGCAGGAUCCUCAGGGGCUACCCAAUGCUAGCGAAGACUACAGAGAAGCUUCUUGUGCUGUGAACCUCGUUUUAAGAUUAAGAAACUCCAGAAAGGAACUUAAUGACAUACGAUUUGAGUUUACUCCAGGAAGAGAUACAGCAGAUGGCGUAUCUCAGGAGCUCUUCUCUGCUGGCUUGGUUGAUGGUCAUGAUGUAGUUAUAGUGGCUGCUAAUUUACAGAAGAUUGUAGAUGAUCCCAAAGCUUUAAAAACACUGACAUUUAAGUUGGCUUCAGGCUGUGAUGGGUCGGAGAUUCCGGACGAAGUGAAGCUGAUCGGGUUUGCCCAGUUGAGUGUCAGCUGAUGUAUGUCCCUUGACAUCUCCCCCUGAUUUGUCAUGCCCCCACCUCACACCAUUUCCCUCGAUCUUCCUCCCCCACCCCUACUCCCUCCCCCUCACUCCCAAUUCCCACAAAAUCAGAAGAUUGUGAAGAGUCUGGCUUCAGUGACAUGGGAUAAAAAAGAAUUUUUUUAAACUUACAACACUCCGAGUUCUGCUUUAUUCUCUAGCAAUCCACAGUAUGAGAACAAGCAAAUGCCACAGCUGCACGACUGUUGCUAAUUUUUCCAAAAGCUAUUUAAUAUUCUUAGCAAUCAAUUCGGAUAUCCCUUAAGUGAAAAGAAUCUGAAAUACACUCAGGUGGUCCUAUUUAUUGGCAACAAAAGGAAUUUUUUCUAUCAGAAGCCUAUUUCUUCUUUCAUUGUUGUUCUGUUCUACUUUAAUUGUACAUCUGACAAUACUGCCUCUUUUAUGUUGUAUUUAGAAAUUAAUAUACUUAUAAAAUUAAGAUUUAUUAGUCAAACUUGAAUUCUAGUUUUAAAACUGACUGUGAAUUUUAUUUUUCAUAUAUUUAUGCAUUACACACCUUAGCUAUAAGAAGAAAAGUUUUUGAUUAUAUGCUUCUUGCAGUUAAUCUCUUGUUAUUUAAACAAAAAAAAUCAGGUCUAUCUUUGGAGUAUUUAUAACUUUUGAUUUUUGAAAUGACUGAAUUAGGAACUUAGAUGCUUAUUCUUUUGGUUUGUUUGCCUAAAAACCAAUCCACAAUCUGAUUGUCUCUUGGGAUAGGGAGGUGCCUUGCA